AUGGCGGACGAUGGGGAUGGAAGGAGUGGAGUAGGUGACGCUAGUAACGGGCAGGGGACAACAGAGGAACCUGAAUCGGGUCUCGGUCCAAGCGGGAUGUUGCUGAAUCUCAGUGUUUUAAUCCUAGUGCUGGCUCUUUGCUAUGGGAUUUACCGGCGAUGGGGAAGACGGAUCGGUGCGGACGCGGCCCAGGGAAACGAGGCCUCGUCCCUGCCCAAGAUGAGAAGACGUGAUUUCACUUUGGAGCAACUGGGGGAAUACGAUGGUGUUCAAAACCCCCGGAUCUUGAUGGCUGUUAAUAUGAAAGUCUUCGAUGUGACCAGUGGAAAAAAGUUUUAUGGACGCGACGGACCCUACGGGAUUUUCGCCGGCAGGGACGCGUCGAGGGGCCUGGCGACCUUCUGCCUGGAAAAAGACGCACUACGGGACGAGUACGACGACCUCUCCGACCUGAACGCCGUGCAGAUGGAGAGCGUGCGGGAGUGGGAGAUGCAGUUCAUGGAGAAGUACGACUACGUGGGCAGGCUGCUCAAGCCAGGAGACGAGCCCUCGGAGUACACCGACGAAGAGGACAUCAAGGAUCACGUGAAGCAGGACUGAACUGAUCACAUGACCAAAGCUCGGACCUGAGACAGCUGCAGUCAGCACGCCUCGGCCCCGCCCCCUCAACCCUGGCCCCGCCCCCCACUCCCUGACUCUACCCCCCCCCCCCUCGUAGUUCUUACUCCUCCACAGCCCCCUCCCUCUCUUCCUCAUCCCCUCCUCUUCCUCCAUCUGGCACUGCAGCUGCCCUGAACUGCCCAGACCCCCCUGCCACCAUCAACCCCACCACCCCCGUCCCACAGAGGGCACGGAGGGCAAAAGCAGCGGGAACUCUGUGGAUUUUAAUAAUUCUACAAUGUCUGGUUUUGUGCUGCCAACUUAAGUAUAAAUAUGGUUUUUUUUGUUUUUGUUUCGUUUUUUGUUUUUCCCCUCUCUAAAGUAUCACUGUCACGCAACGUACGAAAACAUUCUGGGUGUGUUACAGGGAGUUGGGUGGGCAGCCCCGAACUUGGAUGUUUGAACAUGGGGCAGGUGGGAGAAGAGAUUUUCUGUUUUUUCCCUUCAUUGUUCUUGUCAUGUGCACCUCGCGUAUGUUUGGCUUCUGCAUUUGAUUUUGGAAUCUUCCAAAGCAUCAAGGAGGACUGGUUGGGGAAAAAAAAAACAAAAAAAAAAAAAAACAUAAAUAAAUAAAAUUAAACAAGACUUUAAAAACUGAUGAUUUUUGUGGUUGAGGGCAAGGUAUGGACCAUCCAAAAUAAGGAAGUCUGCCAUUGGUUAUAUUUUUCCCAUUGUGUUAGCAUUGUGUGCACUACUGGUGUUUCGAUUUGUUACCAUGUGAUUGUACUCAUGCAGUGUAAUGCUGCUCUUAAUCACUAAAGCUGAACUGUCUAUUGGGGGAAAAAGGGAAUGUCAGAUUUGAGCCCCUAGUGAAGAGGUAUUAGUUUAAUUCACCGACUGUUUACAUGCCACAGAAGUCUGUAAUCCCCAAGUUUAGUCCGAAUAUUAAUUGUGCCUUAUUUCAGUUGUUUUCUACUGCGCCCUGAACAGUUUGAAAUGAAGAAUAAAAAUUUUAAAAAGGAUUUAAAAAAGAACAACAACAAAAAAGAAAAAACUUGCCCUUGUUUCAUAACCCGGUUGGUGUUGCAGAGAUCAGACGCUGAGGGGGCGGGGAAAUAACUCCCACAAUGCUAAACCUCAACUUCUCCUUCAUUUGAUCUGCUUGCUGGUCGUGGUUUCCGCUGUGCCCCUGUGGUCAGAACCACACCACACCACAGUCUUUAGAACUGUAGCACAGUCUUUAGAACCACACUACAGGCUUUAGAACCUCGCUAGUUUUAGAACGGGCAUCGGGAAACCAAGGUGUGGUCAAAAUCCUGAUCGGUACGCGGCUUGAAUAAACCGGACGUUUGCCGUGCGAAAAAUGGAAAAGAAAAGUGAGCACACUCGAGUUUUAGUAUCUAGUCACGGAGCUUGGCACCGUAUGGAUACGUGGGACAGCAUUACGUUGUUUACUUCGGUGUUGUAAAGAGAAAUUUUCCUUGAUUGAAUCGGACAGAAGGCAUUGCCCUUGCCGGUCUACACGCAGACAAUGGCGACUCCCCUAUGUCCCAACCCUGUACAUAGACUUUACAAACUAUACUCAGUGUUACUGCCAUAUUUAUGUAGUUGAUGAAAAACCAUAUACUACUGUGUUGUAUUGGCCAAAUGCCCCAUGCUUUGUAUUGGUUUCUUAUAGAGUUUUGUUUUUCUGUAGAAGUUCUUAAGUGUGGGGGGGGGGGAGGGGAGGAGGUUUCAGAGAAACGUGUCACAUGGUGGGUAGCAGAAACAUGGGAAAAGCAGACGGUGUAAAUAUAUGUAUCAUUUUAUUAAAGCAUGUGCAACAAAAGUGAGCUAUGCUGAAUUCCACCUUCAUGUAUUUAAGAGCGCGUGCGAGUGUGUGUGCGUGUGUGUGUGUACGAGUGCGUGUGCGUGCGUGUGUGUGUGAGAGACAGGACCGACCGUGUUUCUGCAUAAUAAACAAUUUGGUUAUGA